AUGUUCAAAAAAGCCGCGCCAACACAAACAGAUUCUGAAGGGUUAAAUGUGUAUAAAAUUUCAGAGGAGGAAGAACAACAUCCUAAAGAGGAGGAAAGGGUUAUUCCGGAUAUAGGAACGUUGGAAUGGAUAUAUUAUUUGAGUGAACUAGAGGGUGAUCUUCCCACUCCGAUAGACGUGUCAAUCACUGGUUCUCUAAAGUACCGGUGCCCAGAUCUCGUCUGGUACAACUUCGAAAUAUACCCUCACAAAGUCAAAUUAACAAACACCGGGCACACAGUUCUGCUUGGAGCGAAAUGGAGAACCGAAAGACCUUAUCUAAAAGGUGGUCCGCUUUUAGAAAAACACAUAUUUUCUCAAGUACAUUUCCAUUGGGGUGCGGAUAUGAUGGAGGGUAGUGAACACACCGUAGAUAAGAGACGAUACCCAGCUGAAAUGCAGGUUACUUUCUUUAGAUCGGAAUAUAUGACGCAGGAAGAAGCGUUCAAACAUAAUGAUGGCGUUGUAAUGAUAUGUUACAUUAUUAAGUACGGUGUAAAUCCCGACCCGCGUCUCCAGUGGGUCUUAGAAGGAUUUCCUCGUAUACAGGAAGCUCAAACAAAUACUCGAGUUGGACCAUACCCUAUGUCGCGGCUCUUACCAAUGUUUUUCGAAGAUUACUUCUUAUAUUGGGGAAGUUUAACAACCGUGAAAGGAGAAAGACACGUAGUAAGAUGGCUUAUACCCCGACCUACCUUAUAUGCUUCUUUCGAUCAGAUGAAGGAAUUUCGUAAAUUAUGGGAUCCUUGGGACGAGCCCAUAGUGAGAAAUUUCAGACCACUUCAAGAACGAAACGAUCGUCAUGUACUCUUCAUCCGUCCGCACUGGAAUCAAUACAACUCAUUAUUACCAAUACCAAGAGUUCCUGAGCCAUCGAUUUCAAUUUUAUCUCCAGCGUACCAAGCAAAUCCAUGGAUGCUACCUAAGCAAAAUGUCGAGUCACAAACUCAGCCUGAGAAAAAUGAAAAAUGA